AUGUCGUACGGGAAGGAGAACACAAAGUACGCCUGGCAAGGUGAUGAUGGUGGCCCUGACUUGCAGACGCAGUCUUUCCGGGAUCACGAGCACACGGACGCUCACACGGCGGCGGUUGAUCGGCAGAUGAAGAUUGCGCAGGACAUCCGCGAGGGGCAGCAGGUGAUUUCAAGCUUCAUCAACUCGGACAUCGAGGGGAGGCGCACGAUUCGACUCAUGCGGUCGGUUGAGUUUCUGUGCAAGUGCGACGCGCCGAUCAGCAUGUUCCCAAAGCUGAUGCGGCAUCUCGCGGAGCAGGACACGCCCGAUAUCCCGAGGCAAUCCUACAUGGUCUAUCUCACUCAAUGUGAAGGAUGCUACGACGCCAAAUCGGACCUGGACAUGGUGGACAAGGUGGUGCGCACCGUGGCAGAAGAGCUCGGGAAGUCGUGCGUCUGGAGUCAACGCUUCAAGUACCUGCAGCGAGUGAUCUACAACACGAACCUUGAAGUCCAGGGGAUCCACACGGUUCGGUGGCUGUCACGAGGGGAUGCGGUGCGUCGGCUGUGCAAGGUCCUGGGCGCGUGCAUCGUUCUGCUCUGGGAGAACAACCACAAGGCGUACGAGAUUGUGACGUGCUACAAGUUCCAGUUCUGCCUGUUCUUUCUCACCGACAUCCUCGCCGACAUGAACGACCUCUACCGUUGCUUCAAGAAGCGUGAUGUAAGUGUAUUUCACUUUCACGAGUAG